CACCACCAGCGGCAACAUGGAUCCCUCGAGUCUCGAGCCGAGCCUCGUAUAACCUCGAAUCUCGAUUCACGGCCACCCGCCGAUUAUCUCUCCGCCGACCGUCGCUGCCUGGCUUUUACCGCGAUUCAAAACAGCAAGACCGCCGAACUUCGGGUUCCCAGUCCUGUCAGUGACUAGCGCUGACUAGCGCAGACGAUCAACGACGAGGCUGCUCUCCUAAGGCGUAGGCGAACCGACGCGCAUAUUCGGCCAUAUUAUACUACCGGACAGCUUACGAAGACGUCUUGAUGCGAGGCUUCGUACACGAUCCUGGAUCGGUCUCGAUUGCUGUCGGUAUCGACGAUUUUUUAUACUUUAUAAACGGUUAAUACACCAGACGAAACAGCGUCAUGGCAACAUCGGCUUACGUGUCACGGAUCAACCAGAUUGACGCGUCUCAACUUGAUAAGGAAAUUUACCACAUCCUACAGCAGCAGACUACCGAGAUAUCGAAGUUGUGCACACCUGGAACGAUUGGGAAAUGGCAGCCAGAAAUUAACGCCUUGUUGAAAGUGGUUGUAUGGAAUUAUUCUCUCAGAACCGGAAACUCUACCUUCGGGCAGCAGCUGUUGAACCUCCACUACGAUAAAUAUAGCAAGAAAAAGGCGAUUCUUUAUAUUAUUCUUAGCGUUGUGCCCGGUUAUCUUCAGGAGAAGAUGAUCGAUAAUAGACUGAUUGGUAGUAUGGAGAGGGGAAACCAAAUUCGUCGAUUCCUCGAUUGGAUAUCUACAACUGUUCGAUUACUGACUUUUGUCAAUAUUUUGGUUUUUCUGAACCAAGGAAAUCAGCCUAACAUCAUCGAAAGAGUACUGGGAAUAUACAAUCGGCCGACAACGACGCAACGGCCAAGAAACAUCGGUUACUCUUAUAUGACGAGAGAGUUAUUGUGGCACAGUUUGAUUGAAUUAUUCACUAUCGGCCUACCGAUGGUGAAUGUUCACCUUAUCAAGCAGAGGAUCAAGCGAAUCUGGUGGACGAGGAAAAUUAUUGGCAGAUCUGUCGCCCCCAAAUUGGAGUUCGACACAAAAUGUCCGGAAUGUGAUCAGAGUCCUAAUCUACCGAGGCACGCAGGAUGCGAACAUAUUUUCUGCUACUACUGUAUGAAGGCACGUUUCACUGUCGACAACUCCUUCGAGUGUCCUUCCUGUGGAGUGGAAUUACACUCAGCACAAAUGAGGACUGCUUGACUUCUAGACCAUUGCUCCGCAGUCUAUAUUUCUGUGCUAAAUAUAUCUGUACAUAUGUGUAUGCAUUGGAACAAGGAUAAUAAUUCAGAUAUUUUAAAGCAAACAGAGUCUCGUUACUCACAAUUAACAUUGAGUGCCUCAGCUAUGAGUGUCAAGUUUUUCAGUACAAUCAAAAUAAGUUUUAUUCUUUCGAAGGACAGCGAUACUUUCUCCAGGUUGAGAGACAUUUAUAGCUCUUGAAAUCCUACAGUGUUUGCUUGUAUUUCUUCACUCUGAAAAUGUGAUUAGUAUAGUAUAAUAUAGUGUUAAUUGGUGCUUUCUUGUACAGAAUAUGGCCACUGCAUUAGGCAAUGUGAUUAGAAGCUUGCGGCACGUAGCGCUAUCUAACGGCAAACUUUUGCAACAUAAAACGUCACAUGGGCAGAUAAUUCGACUGCGUUAGAUUGUUAACUUGGAGCAUAUUGCUCUAACGUCGGUACGUUAGAAUUCACGCAUACCGUUGACUGAUAUAUAUAUAUUUUCAGUCAACGUUAGGUUGUAGUAGAUAUUGCUAUUCUUUGAAUACCCGCAGAGGGAAUGUGACCAUCUAAUCUAAAUCUAAUUUUGAUACAAAUAUCGUGUUUGCUUGAUGCAGCUAGCACUUGUGUGUUACAUAUUACUAAUUGUAAGAUGAACAUUGUCAUUGCACUUACGAGUUUUGUAUUGUCGUGAAUUUCAAGCAAUUUUGUAUUGUAUGCAAAUUCUGCUGAUGAUGUAACAAAAAAAAAAUACACUCCAAGAGAAUGUUCUUCAACGAGGUCAAGAAAUUUCAUUUCUAUUGUCUAUUGAAAUAGUGCACAUGCAUUGAUCCGAUACUUAUGUUCGACCAGUAAUUUGAAAUAAAUUUUCUAGUCAUAUUAUAUUGUACAUUAUUCCCAAAAUUAUCUAACCUAAUAUAUACCGGAUAUAAAUAUAAGGUUUGUAAAAAUAAAUGUAUAUCAGAACUGGCAAAUCUGCGUGAGUUAGAGCUGAGCUAGAAACGAGUUGUUAGCAUGAGUAUAACUGAAUAUACAGACAAUUUUAAAAAGUAAAGUGAACAAAUAGCUUGUUAUACUUGGCGACACCCCUAGAACAAUUAAAAAUGUACAACUUAUAAUAAGAAGAAGCCGAGCAAUAGGACGGGUUUGUUUUGUCUGCAACAAAUAAAAAAAAAAAGAUUGACACUCGUAAACU